AUAAAUGUACUGUAUAUUCCUGUAACAUAAACCAGAAAGCCAUCACAACAAUGACAGGCAAUGAUGCAGAAAAGGUUAACUACUGUGCUAUGAAUACAGCUUAUCACCCGUUUCAUCAUACUCUUCCUGCUUUGAGAACAUCAUAUUAUCAUAUACUCUUUAGUCUAUGACAUCCACUGUAAAUAACUUCCGCAGGAAUGCCCAUACAGAAAAACAAGCCUGGAUGUUUAAAUAUUUACUUUAAUCUGUAUAUUGUGAUCCCUGUCAGCAUAUCACGUCUCCACAAAAGAGGCCACGUAUAGGAUUCAAAUGGGCAACCCACAUGUUGGUGGUUGGAAAUUUUGGGUCAAAAGUGUGUCCUGAAAUGUCAGCUUAACAUAACUUAUCCUGUGUCCUUUUUUGUUCUCAGUACAAGCAAGUUGAGCAGUACAUGUCUUUCCACAAACUUCCGGCUGACUUCCGGCAGAAGAUCCAUGAUUACUAUGAGCACAGAUACCAGGGCAAGAUGUUCAACGAGGAAAGCAUUUUGGAAGAACUGAACGAGCCGUUACGAGAGGAAAUUGUCAACUUCAACUGCCGGAAGCUGGUGGCGUCCAUGCCGCUCUUCGCCAACGCAGAUCCCAACUUUGUGACAGCAAUGUUAACUAAACUCCGCUUCGAGGUCUUCCAACCAGGAGAUUACAUCAUUCGAGAAGGAACCAUCGGCAAGAAGAUGUACUUCAUUCAGCAUGGCGUAGUCAGCGUACUGACCAAAGGGAAUAUUGGCAUGAAGCUCUCUGACGGCUCCUACUUUGGGGGUAAGAAACACACAGAAAGAACAUCCUAUUCAUACAGAAACAUAUCAGUUUGA